AUGGCUGAGCCGGCGCAGCUUCAGACAGCGCCUGCUGGCUCUCCCCGAGAGAUCAAGCAGGAGCACGAACACGACCACACGGCCGUUCUCGAGGGCCUCGACUUCAGCCUUCUCGCCGAGCUCGCGUCGAAGCGCCCGUUUGAGCAGGUAGCCCAGGACAGCCACGAGGAGCGCGAGCAAGAGGCCAAGAGGCCCAAGACGGAGAACCCAAACCACACCACAGAGGAGGAGUCGUCGCUCGAGGAUGGCCUGGCGCUGCUGGUGCAGAAUGCGCUGUCCAACGUGGGCGACCUGGUCCGGGGCUUCACCGUCGACGCCGGAGAGGCGCACAGCGAUCCCAUGGACGUCGACGACGCGCACGGAGCAGACGCCCGCCCGGCCCCGGUGUCGUUCCUGUCGGAGCCGGAAAAGUACGUGCGCAUCGCCAACACGCAUGCGCUGGGGAACCUGGCGCUCUCGGUACUGCUGAUAUUGCUCCAGCAGCCCAUUGACGACAUGUCCAAGCUGGCCGGGGACGCGGACUCGGGAUACGGGCGCUCGUACGGACGGCUAAAGCGAUCUUUCGAUGCGACGUGGCAGCUCUUCUCGGACAGCCAGGUGCUGUCUGCCGACGAGCUGGAGAUACAAGAGGCCGAGGCCCGGACGUUGCUGGAGCUGGCCAACAUUGCCAAGUUUGGCAUGUGGUUGGUCGAGGGCGGGCUGGAUUCCUUCACGGCUGCCGAGAGGAAUUUCACCUCCGUCUUUCGGUGUCAGAUUUCCGAUCUGUCGCCGGCGCUGUCCCAGCUUUACGUCGAGAUGAAGACCUACAAGGCGAUCGAGUCGUUGAUAAAGGACGGCGAGGGCUUGUCAAUAGAAGAGGUGGUGCAUGUGGUGCAGAAGACUAUGCUGGACGGGCUGAAUGAUUCUUCAGCGAGUGAGCCGAUGUCAACUUCACAACAAGAGCUGUUGACCUUGGCCAAGGCUCGAAAAGAUGUCUUGGAGGAGGAACUCAAGGUGAAGCAGCCAGCCGCUCUGAAAGAAAAGUUUCCGCCCGGCGAUGUUCUGAAAAGCUUCUCGGCACAUGUUCGAACCUUGUUGGCGUCAAUGACAGAGGUCGGAGAGAAGCUGGGCGUCUCGGCGCUGCUGAGCGACGUUGCCAACCAAGAGUCAAUACCAAGCGGAUCGGGUGACGGCGACCUGGAUCUCGACGACCUUUCCUCCUUCUUUGAGAAAACGACCUCGGGUUUGGUGCAGAAUGCCUUGGCUGGCUUGACGGAAGAGACACCGGCAGAGGAGACACCCGUGGUCGAAAUCACCGAGACGCCAGCAGAGACGGCGAACGGCGAGCCAAAGGCAGAUACAGCAGCGGCUGCACCAGCACCGCAGACCAACGGCGCCAAGCUGGAUCUCAUCUCAGACUACAAGGAACUCGAGGCACUGGUAGCGGAGAGCACGUCGAACUACGUCAAAACGACGCUCAAUGGCCUCUCCGCCGUUGCCUACCAGCCCACAGUUCCUCAGAGUACGGCUGAGACCAUGGCUGCGCAGUCGCCCUAUCUGAGCCAUCUUCAUCAACACCAAUCCCACCACCCCUACUACACCUCAUACGCCAGCCAGCCACCUCCUGAACAGCAACCUCAGCAGCCUGCAGGAUCCUCCGACAACCUCCCACCUAAUCAGACCUUCCCCAGCGCCAUCCUGUACGACAAAGCUCGCCAAGCAGCGCUCUCCAAGUCAUCGGCGCAUACGCGGAGAGAAGGACUUCACUCGACUCGCCGACCCUGGACCCAGGAGGAGGAAAAGGCGCUCAUGGCCGGUCUCGACAUGGUCAAGGGCCCUCAUUGGAGUCAGAUUCUGACUCUGUUCGGUCAAAAUGGCACCAUUUCCGAUAUCCUCAAGGACAGGACACAGGUGCAGCUGAAGGACAAGGCACGAAAUCUGAAGCUGUUCUUCCUCAAGACCAACUCGGAAAUGCCGUACUAUCUGCAAGCCGUCACGGGGGAGCUCAAGACUCGAGCCCCGACCCAGGCUGCCCGGAAGGAGGCCGAAGAGAGAGCGCGGAUGAACUCUGAGGAGGAACAGGCCAAGCUGCAGGGCAUCAUGGCAUUGGCCGGGGGACUACAGCACCCGCCUCAGCAGCAACACCAGCACCAGCACCAGCACCAGCACCAGCAUCAGCAUCAGCAUCAGCAUCAGCACCAACUUCAGCAUCAGCAGAGACAACCGCUUCAUCACCAAGCCAGGCCACCCGUCACAGUGGCGGCAGCCGUCGGGCAGAGUGUCGUGACGCCAGCCCAGGCUGCGAGCGCAGCUCAGUCGGCAUCCUCCGCACAGCAGCAUGCGUCGCAUCUGCAUCACACACCGACGGCAACCAUGACAAGCACGCCGCAGGCCAACCUGGCGCCGAUCCAGCGAGGCGGCAUCAUCCUGCCCAACACGGCGCAGAUCAAACCCGACUCUCAUUUGGCGGCGGCGCAGCAGGCUUCGCAGCAUGUCCCGCUGGCACCUCAGCGACCGCAGACUCAGCUUGCUCCGCAGGUGCCCGUGGCCCAGGCUCAACCUCAGGCUCAACCUCAGGCUCAACCGCAGGCUCAACCGCAGAUGCAGCAGCAGCAACAAGCACAGCAGCAGCACCAACAUCAACAAUAUACCCAGGCGCAGAGUCAACUCAACCUCAAUCUCAGCACCAACCUCAACUACAACACCAAAUUCAACCUCAGCCUCAGCACCAUCCUCAACCUCAACUUCAAUCUCAACCUCAACCUCAACCUCAACCUCAGCACCAACCUCAACCUCAACUUCAGCACCACCAAUCUCAACCUCAACCUCAGCCUCACCUUCAAGCGCAACCUCAACCUCAAGUACAACCUCAACCUCAGGUGCCUCAAUCCCAAGUGCAGCCUCAAGCCCCAGCACAACCCCAAGCUCAAGCGCCUCAAGCCCAAGUGCAGCCCCAACCCCAAGUACCACAUCAACCUCAGACGCCUCAACCACAAGUGCAGCCUCAAGUUCAAGCACACCCUCAACCAGCUCAAUCCCCGCAACAGCCGUUACAACAGCAGUAUCACCAACCACAGCCAUCUCCGCAUAUCCAACCGCCGCAAUCACCAGCUCCCGCACAGCAUCAGCAAGCAACGCCAACUCCAGAACGGGACGGCACCUCAUCCUUCACCCACACCAACGAUUCCCUCCACACCAACGCCGUCGCACCUCUCACAACACAUCUCGACGCCUCUCCAGCCCUCGCCCGUCCCGACGUAUUCGCCUCAGCCGCAGCCGCAGCCGCAGCAGCAGCAGCAGCAGCCGUCCGUGUCCGCGCAAACUGAGCUGCAUAAGCUCGUUUCUGCGCCCGAGGCGACAAUGUCCCAGACGGCGGUACAAGAUGACGAGGCGGCGGCAGAGGCGGCCUUGUUGGAAGGCUUGCAGGCUGCCGUUGCACAAGCGCUGGCUUCGUAG